AUGGCUGCGCUGCCGUCGAUGGCGUACUACUGCACUGCAACGUCGACGUACAUCGUUGCAAAAUUUGAGCGCAGUCUAAUCUUCCACUGCACAUGUCUAAUAUGGCUCUUGCAAGUGGCUGAUAAACUGAAGCUCGGGCAGUCUGUUCAACCGGAAACUUUCGAGAGUGUCACUGUGUUUUUCUCUGACGUCGUGUCUUUUACGAAGAUCGCUGCCAAAUGCACUCCAUUACAGGUGGUAAAUCUGCUGAACGAUCUCUAUACUGUUUUUGAUGGAAUAAUAGAUGCCCACGAUGUCUAUAAGGUCGAAACGAUUGGUGAUGGUUACCUUUGCGUCAGUGGACUACCUCAUAGAAACGGCCAGCAGCAUAUAAAGGAGAUAUGCAGUAUGUCGCUCGGAUUCAUCAGCAGUCUUCAAAACUUCAAGAUACCUAACCUUCCUGAAGAGACCGUCAAUCUGAGGAUCGGAAUUCAUACAGGUUGGGUCAUCUUCACGCAGGAAAGUAUACUCCUUUCAAAAAAGAACUAG